UGCCGCUCAGUGGUAGACUGCUAUGAUACAAACAGACUCCAACACGCCUCGCUCGAUCCGAUCGUGAAGAAGGCAGCCGGGGGAAAGGAAGCGCCAGCAGAAGAAACAGUGACCACAAGGGAAGAGAAGCAGACCGAGCUGUAAGGUGGUUCCGCUCCGCCUCGCUCCUCUCCCGACGCCGACGCCGCGGUUUCAAUGUUCCCGCCGCAUACUACUACUCCACGGACGUCACUUCGCUAGAGACGGCCGCCCGUAAUACAGGCCGCCAGCUGCUGCUGUCACCAUGGCAUACCAGCAGCAAGGCGGGCUUGGGAAUCACGGCGGCGGAGGAGCCGAACACCAUGGGCCGCAAGGCACCGAAUACACGUUGCAGGGUGUCAUGCGCUUCCUGCAGAUCGAAUGGCAUAACCACGAGCGAGCGCGCAAUGCCUGGGACAUCGAGCGCGCCGAGAUGAAGGCCAAGAUUGCGAAACAGGAGGGAGAGUCCCGCCAGGCAAAACGUAUCAACGAGCAGCUGGAGCGGCAAGUGCGCAUGUUGGAAAUGGCCCUGAAGCACGAGCGCGCGCAGAAGCUGGCUCCGAACGGCAUCUCAGCGGCAGUGAUGCCAGAACCCACAGCUGCGACAGACGACGUGCCCAAGGGCAAGAAAGAGGAAGGUGGCGGAAAGAAUGGGCAGAAGCAGGAAAAGCCGGACUUUGCGCCUCACAACUCUUUCCUGGAGACGAGCGAGCAGCACGACUCGAGCGAAAAGGCUCGCGAAGAAUACCUCGAUCAGACGACAAAGUAUCUCAAAAAUUGCAUGAAGGAGAUUCAAUAUCUGCUUACGCCGCCGCAACACCCUCCACCACCGCAAAUGCUACCAAACGGCAACAUUAGCGGGCUGCCCGAUGCGCCCCAUUCGUUACAAGACAUAUACGAUCUCCAGUAUGGUGACCAGGCACGGCAAGGAUAUCGCAACGGCCGAGCUCAAGGACAAAUACUGCCUCAACAACAACAGCUCCCGAACCAUCAGCCUUCACAAGUACCGAGUAGUAUAGUACAACCCGCAGUACAAAGAGCGGACUCGCGCGGUAUGGCAUAUACCGAGUACACGAAUCAUGCUCAGCAGCCCGUUGAGCUAUUGCAGCAACAGCAGCAGCAGCAGACCCCCCAAGCUUCUGUACAGUAUGAAGAGCAAGUCGAAAACAUUACACACACGUUUGAUCGAGAAGGGCGAGAAGUGCGGGCAAACGAAUCUCAGCAAUUACAGCAGAGGCCCGCGCGGCAACAAGCCGAAGCCGACGGCUGGACAUUCGAUGAAGAGCCCGCAUCACAGACUGACGCACCGUCUGCGGAUGUACUGCCACCGCGAAGACCGGACACAGACUUGUUUCCCAGCGCUGCGAGUCACUCACAGCUGUCAGCCAAAUCUCCUCCCCGUACAGGCUUACAUAGCAGACGGAAGAGCUCGGGCUCUCAAAGUGUGGGCAGGAGGCGGAGCUCGCAAGGCAAGAACCAGAUCGAUGAGCUGGCCCAUGCGCUCGAAAGCGAUCCGACACAGUUCAAAGUCAAAUUUGAGCUUCGCGGGCAUCUUGAUGUGGUAAGAAGCGUCAUCUUCAGCGGCGGUGGAAGUCCUAGCGAGCCCGAAGUCUGUACUGCGGGCGACGAUGGCACCAUAAAACGCUGGAUCGUACCCGCAACAUAUCAGAACUACAACCCUGGAAACAAGGAUUCUAGUCUGGAUAUUCAGGCAAUCUUCACACAUAGAGGUCACGAAGGAGUGGUGACCUCUCUUGCUGCUCCGCCAGCAAGUACCGGCUUCAGUACCGGUGGACGAGCUCCUGGUGAAGGCUGGAUCUUCUCUGGUGGCCAAGAUGCCACAGUUCGUGUGUGGGAAAGAGGGCGAGUCGAUCCUAAAGCUACCCUCGAAGGACACACUGAUGCGGUCUGGGCUGUUUGUGUGCUCCCUGCUUCCGUUGGCGUUGUCUUUGGGCCACAAUCAGGCAACUUUGGGGGUCCCGACAGGUUACUACUCGUUUCUGGCUCAGCAGACGGCACUGUAAAAGUGUGGGCCGUGAGCGCUCCUCCUCAAUCGGCCUCGCCUGCUACUGGAAGCCGAAGAGGUGUUGGUGGGUCACGAAGGCACAGCGUGACGAGUGGCAGCAACUAUCCAACGAGUCCUCAGCCCAGUGUGGCGAGCACCACGCCUUUCAGCUAUACUCUUGUGCACUCAAUCAACCGGCCCGGCGAUCACGAGGCUAGCCCCACGAGUAUUUGCCCGCUCUCUCCCUCGGGAGAAACGUUCGUGGUCAGCUACACUGAUUCUUCGGUCCUUAUCUUUGAUACUCGGACGGGAGAAGAGAUCAUUGGCAUGGCAUCCGGCGAGACAUACGAUGGCACGCCCAACACGAGCAUCAAUGCCGUAGUUGCCACCAGCUCAAGUCUUGAACAGCACAGUGGCGGAGCACUAGAUGCUGCUACUCGUGGUCUUGACUCGGAAGAAGUAGGUGGUGGUGCCACUGGUGGAAGAGAAGGAUUAGAGGGAGUAGUAAUCACCGGACAUGAAGACCGAUUUGUACGGUUCUUCGACGCCAAUAGCGGGCAAUGCACCUACACCAUGCUCGCGCAUCCCUCCGCCAUUUCGGCCCUCUCACUCAGUAAAGAUGGCCGCGAAGCUGUAUCCGCGGGUCACGAUGCAUCUAUCAGAUUCUGGUCCCUCGAAAAACGAAUUUGCACGCAAGAUAUCACGAAUCAUCGGGCUAUGCGCGGUGAAGGCGUCUGUGAUGUGUGUUGGAGUCAAGAUGGAAGACUUGUGAUUAGCGCGGGAGGGGAUGGCGUUGUCAAGGUUUUUGCCAGGUGACAUGAAGGCUGUGGGACUUCCCAGCCAUUUUGGAAACAGGCAAGGAAGGAGAGGCCCACGCCCUGGGAAUGGCCGAGAGAAGGGAGUCGUCGUGGUUCUGGAGAUGAAGAGGAGUCCGUCCGAAGUUUCUUUCGAUCCUCCUGACAGGACCAAACGACGUUGGGGGUGAUGAGUUGUGUUCGGAGUGUUGGGAGUGGCAUCAUGUGACAUGGACAUGAAAGAUGGCAAAACAGGAAGCACAGUAUGCUUUUCUUUAUAGAUCGCCAGCGAGAGAGGCUGCGCAACCUUCUGAGUGUGUGUGUGGAAUUCGAAAGGGCUGAAUUGAUGCAAGGAGAACUUUUUUUCUUUUCGAGAAAAUGUCGUAUUUGUACAUAUGAGUGAAAAGGAGAAGAAGCAAGAAGAACACGGACAAGGAGAGGUGUUAUUCUUCUCCUGUUCGACUGGACUGAAAUGGGAAGAAGAGGAAAUUGCAUCAUGGGCGAUUUUGGGGCAUUGUUUUCAGAAUAAGAUACUGUAGUGAGUAAGUAAGUAGUGUGUGGAUAGGUGGGUGGUGGAUGCUGCUGCUGCUGCUGCUGCCGCUGUGGGGCAUGAAGGGUACCUUACCUGUAUAGUAGCAUCAAGUCUUGUCGGCAGGCCUUUCAUCAAGGCAAACCGAAG